AUGUCGAAACGUAAAUGUUUAUCUAUCGCCGAUAAAUUUGAAAUUUUAAACAAAGUCGAUAAAGGUGUUAAAAAAAAAGAUACUGCCGCAAAAUAUAGUAUUCCAACAGGUUCUCUAUCAACUAUUUUGAAAAACUGUGAAAACAAAACACGCCCUAUGCUCAUCAUACCUAAGUAUACUUAAAAGUUGAACGUAAUGCAAUAUUUUUCUUAUAGUCUUUAAAAUUUAAAUUUAGACGAAAACCGUUAAAAUUUCCGCUUGUAGUACCUAAACAAAAUUAUUGUUUAUGUAGAUACAACUUUUAACUCCAUAAAAAUGAUUAAAGAUUUAAGACAAAAAAGACGUCCUAGGAUAAUGGGGUUGGGUGUAGCCACUGUUAUAAGUAAUUUAAUGUAUACCUGUAAGCAACGAUAAACCAUUGCAAAUGAAAAAAACGAUUCUGAGCGGAGUUCAGUUGAUAAUGAUGCUUUCUCAAUAAUAUUGUGUCAUAUUAUGGUAAAAUAAUUUAAAAGGUAUUAUAAUAUAUAUAUAUUUACCUUAAUAAUAUUUGUUUAAUAUACCGAUUUUCCUGUUUUUCCUACGUUUUUCCCGGUUUUCCUAUGGCUUUUUUUAUUUGAUGAGAAACAUUCUGAGAAAAUCGAAAAAUGAUCUCCAUAAAGUACCUUCCAACACUGAUAUCCUUUCAGAAAAGGUGCUACACUUAAAAAUCAAAGCAAGAUCUGUGGUAGAAAAGUUGUCCUCAGAAUAAAAAAUAAACUUCUUUGUAAGCUUCUUCGCUCCGUUCAAAAUCUGAAACACGAAUAAUUGUAAUCAUUCAACUUAUAGUUAGAUGAAAUAUAAUUUUUACUUCAUUAAAUGUAUCAAAGUAUGUAUAUGCAUGCAUAAGCAUGUAUACACCCUAUACAUCCUACAUAGCUAACUUUUUAAUUUUUAGUAUCAUACAAAUAUAUUUGAACGAAGAGUAAAUAGUUUACUCAGAUGUUUAUUAUUUUAUGACGCUUGAAAAAAAGAAUAAAACACAUUAUGUUUAUUCAUGCACUUCAUAGCAACUAAAGUUACUGCAAACGACACUCUCUUAAUCACAAAAUGAUUUCUAUAUUUUGCUUCAAUGGCAAAAUAUUAUGUAUUUUUAUAGUUUUCGUGAAUAUUAUUGAUUUGGCCAGUUCAGCAUUUAGUAAGUAACGUUAAACUUAACGAAUAAAAUAUAAUAGUAUGAUUUAAUAAUAUUUAAAAUGUCUAAUAUAAGUACCUAAUAAUAGUAUUUAGAAUGAGGGGAUGGAGGGGAGCGGAGUCUCUUUUCUACUUUAGGUAAAAUUAUCAGUUCCUUUAAGUUUAAAUCUUCAAAAUCCCACCGAGAUUUAAACAGAAUAUUACAUAAUAGUGUAAGACACACUAGUGUUGUGUGAUCGAACAGUAUGUCCUAGUGCCAAGGAGUGAAACGCCAUAUUGAUUGCAUGAAAUUCACGCCGUCUAUUUUAUCAAAAAUAGACGGCGUGAAUUUCUUUAAGUAUACUGUUUAGAAUGAGGUUGCAGUGUAUAGAUAAACUGAUAUAUCCAGGACCCCUUGGACGUUUAGUCAACUGUAGGGUACUUGGAAUGGUAUGCUCAUGUUCAAACUAGAACAUUUUGGUAGCGACGCGUUGCGAUACAAUGAGUUGACAAUGUAUAGGUUCGAAUAAUUAUAUAAUUAAUUGCCUAACUUUAUUAAAUUAUGAAAUAUUCACAAACUAUUAUAUUAUAAAUUAUAACAUUACAACUACGACUAUUAGGAGCAUAUUACGUGCGCGAGUGUGUGAACUAUAAUAUUACAGCUACAAAAUAUAAUAUAAUAUGUUAUCAUUCCAUCUUCCUCUUUGCAAUAUUAUAAGAUGAAUUCAAUAUCAAAUAAAUUAAACGAAGCCUAUUUUUAUUAUGUAUAUAUAUUUAACAACACAAUGUAAUACAUAACUAAUCGUGCUAAGAUUUUUUUCUAUCCAUAUAACAUAGGUAAGUACUGUGAUUGACUAAUAUUACGCACCAAGAUAUAAAUCGACUGGUCACGGUAUGGUGUGCAGGUGACGGGGGACGGGGUAUAAAAGUUUCCUCUCCUAUUAACAACACUGUAAAGUUAUGGGUUUCAACGCUGCUGGUGGUUUAUUUGGAAUCAUAUUUAUAAUUAGAUUAUUUACCACCAGGGUUUCUUUUUUUUAUUAUUGAUAGCAGAGAAAAAGUGUAGAUUUUGGUAAUCAAUUAGGUCUUUGGUUAACUGGAGUCUGGUGUCAGGUAUUUUUUAGAUUCUGCGUGGAGCGAAAAAGCAUAUGGUUUUACAAAGAUGUUUGUUUAUUUUUAAUUUUUGUUUUGUGAUUUUUCAUCAUACUAGUACAACUAAAAUGUUUAACAAUAAUAAUAUCAAACAAUUAUAUCUGUCAGUUCUACUCAUUACCACCCAAGAGCGCCAAACGUUAAUUUAUUAUGCAGUAGUGUAAAAAAAAUUCCUACGAUUUCUUUAUUUAAGCCACCAAAAGCUAAUUAUUACUUAACUAAUGAUAAUGCUAAAUACUGAUUUAGUCAACAGAUAGCGUUGUAGAUCGUUGGUCUACAUCAGUGUUUCCCAAAUUGGGCGAUAUCGCCCCCUUGGGGGCGCUAGAGCUAUCCAGGGGGGCAAUGGAAGUUACAAGCUUAAUUGGAGGGCAUUUCAUUACAAAAGGGGGCGGUGACAGUUUCAUCUGUCGUUAUCGCAAUAACAGAAACACUGUACGUGAUCCAGAUUAUCUGAAUUGUGUAUUUUGUAUUUUUAGAUUAAUCGUUCGUCGUCUAUCGACAAUCGUCGAUAAUCUGUCGUUUUAGCGAUAACAGAAACAACGUACGUGAUCUAAAUUAUCUAAAUUAUUUUUGUAUUUAUUACACUCGCGAAUGCCGACCUUAUUCGUUGUCGUUUUUACGUAGACUCUACAUUGUGAUCUCCCGCACUUGUCUCUUGUGCACUAAUUUGUAGGCACUGAUCACAUUAGUCCAUGAUUAUUAGUCCAAUAUAUCUUAACCCGUGACUAAAAUUUAUCUCUAGUUACAAUCUAACCUAACCAUAUUACAAUGGUACUAGAAAUUGUUCUCUAACUAAACAAUAUUUUUCAGUUCUUUUGGAUUUAAACAAAUUUUUAAUGAUGGAUCUAACUCUUGUUCUACUAUCUACUGUCUACCAAAUUAUUUACUCAUUCACUUGGUUCUACCAUUGAAGUUAUUAUUUCUUUUCUUACCAGUUUUCUAAUUUUAAUUUCAACCUUUCUUUAAUUUGUAUUGGUAUUAUUCUUGAUGUACUAGCUUUUGGUUCUAUUCCUUCUUUUAAUUUAAGAUUAAAUAAUAUAUUCGGAAAAUAACUUACAAUUUAAAACACAUCACUAUUUUAUUUUGUAUAGAAUUAUUUCAGUCUAACUCAUUAUUAUAUAUUAUUGUUAUCACAUUCACAUUUUACAAUAACUUAAAUUCUGUAAGUGUUGGCAGUCCUUUUAUUGACCGACUAUUAUAACAAACUUUGUUUCAAUACUUUUAUCAUCUAAUUUUAAUGAAGUUUUUAUUUUUCCUAUGGGUUUUAUUUUAAACAUCGUGAAAUUGCUAUCAUUACUUCUAUUUUUUUAAUUAAAUUCUGUAAAUCUAGAUAUUUAAAGUCUUCUACUGAUAAAUAGAUAACGUAUUUAUUACAGCAUUACCAUCUGAUUUGAAAUUAAUUUUUUAAAUAUUAAUUUCAAACUUUUUAUUCCAUAUAUUUCCAUGAUAUUUUCCAUGAUUUGUUUUAACUAUGUUUCUUAGGUCUCCUUUUUAUUUUACAUAUAAUUUUAUGCAUGGAUUUGUUUGAUUUAAUGACUCCGACAAGUGUUCGUCUAUUGCUUUCUGCACGUAUGUUAAACGGCAGGGGUGGUUUCGAUCACCAUUAAUAAUAUUACUGUUGUCGGGCAUUAAAAUCUUGAAGAAACCGGACUGAAACAUACUUACGUAGGCAUCUAUUGACAAUAAUAUGAAUUACAAUGGACUACAUCAAUUAUAGAUAAGAACAUGAUGUAAAAAAUAACUUCUAACUAAUAAUAAAUGGUUAAAAAAUAAACUUUUUUUUUUGAGUUAACAAAAAGUAAAGUACUUAUUUUGUAACGCCAUACGCUUAUAAAAAAGUAGGGCUAAUCUUAGGGAAAAUUUCAAUCACUAGAUGUUAGAAUUUAAAAUCGACUUAACUUUUAACUCGUUCAUGGCUAUCCUUGUUUGUUUGUACUAAUAUUUCUUAUCUUCGGUAAACAGGUAAAAAGGCAAUCAAUUAAGUAGUAAACUAUAUUAAUAUGUAUAAUAAUACUAUAAACAUAAUAUUUAUAUAAAUUUCAUAUUUUUGUAGUAAAUUAUACGAGUAAGAAUUCUGGAAUAGGUAAGUAAAUUUAUUUUAUCAAUAUUUUCUAUACAUAUAAUGCAAAAGUAACAAAUAAAAAAUAAUUUUUAAAAUGCUUGUCUUUAAAGCUUGAAUGUAAAAAAAAUGCAUUUAUGAUUUAUGCAUUUUGCAUAAAGAAAUGUAUUGUUAAUUAAAUUAGUAUUUAUUAUUUAGAAUUGAAUAAUAAAUGGAAUUACAAUGAUUAUAUUACUUUUGUUUGACUUUUAAGUUAAAAGUGUCAAUAAUGUUUUCAAUUUUAAUUGUCGACACUAAUUCCUAAUCAAUCAGGAUAGUCCGAGAAUUUACCAGAUUUUCGUAUAGUAGAUUUGCGAUAGUAGAUCUUAAAUAGGUACGUUUUAAUUUUUUUAAGCUACGAAAACGACGAACCAACGUCAAUCAGUUGAGCAAAUCAAUUGUAAAUAGAUUUUUAGAUAUUUUAACUUCAUAAAUUUAUCAGUACGAAGUCUAAUCUUCAAGCUAUUUGUUUAAAAUCUGUUUCUCAAACCUAAUAUAACACAAUUAAUUAUUUUAAAAUAACCGUUAAUUUUCCAGUACUCAACUGCGUGUCUUCAUCAUACAUUUCUUCAUCCAUAUUAACACUAGAUCAUUCACCACAAGUUUUAUUACUAGUAGUUUUGUAAAAAUGUGUUGUUUCUCUUAUUUUAUGUUUGGAAUUAGUGAAAUAGGAAAUAAAAAUGUUUAAAGAUAUAAGAUCACAUCAAAUCCUUAAACUUUGAUAAUAAGUUAAACAAAUUAAAUUAAAUAAAUAAAUAAAUAAAAAUAAAUAUUAAUUACCUAUAAAUGUUAAAAACAUUUUUCCAUUCUAGAAUAAAAUCUAAUUAGUAAACAUUUUUAUAACUUUUAGCUAGAAUUUUAAAUGAAAUCUUCUGUCCACACCAUUUUAUAUUUUUUGGAACAACGGUCAUUUUCAAAUGUUUUUAUAAUGCUAUUAAUUAAAUUUACUGACUUUCUCCAAGUUUUUUUUUUCUCAUGUAUUUGGGUACCUAUAUUAUAUUAAUAUUGUUUUGAAUUUUAUACAUUAUUAUACAAAAAAUUCGGAAAUUUUUUGUCCCACUUGCUUGUAAGACGGGGCAAAGGAUAAAAAUAAAAAAUAACGCACACAAAUCGUGACAUACUGGUUUCACUAAGAAUUGACGUGGGACGAGGGAUAAGUAUACUAAAAAUCGUGGAUAUCCUGGCAAAUCGGGACGUAUCCCUUAUUAUUGCCCUCCAGAAUGUUGUGAUUUUUUAAUUUUAUAAUAAAUGAUUUUACUCUAAAACCAAAAUUAAGCGAGUUCUACGCAGACUACGAAAGGUAGAUUUUGCUAUAUUGCUGUUGGUUGAACGAAAACAGCACAUACGGGGAUAGCGUCUUUUUAAAAGUGACAAUAAACAGAAAUAAUUUUAAGGGGUAUAAUAUGUAUUUACAAUAUUAAUGAAAAAAAAAAAAAAUUAUAUGAAGUUGAAACUGACAUAACAGGACAAGAUGAUACGUAUGCUGAAGGACUAACGUGCACAGGAAAUGCAACCGAUUGGGACAUAAAACUUGAUCCUUAUAGGAGAGAUGUACAAAAGAUACAUUCAGGUAAAUUGAAAUUGUAUAAUAUAAUUUUGUAUAAUUAUAAAUUAUAGUUUUGAUCAGUGGCGUAUUUAGAAUAUAUGUGCUCCGGGUCUAAAUAACUUUAUUGUCUGCCCCUCUCCUCCCACUUAUUUUCACCCACUAAUAUUUCAUAUGUUUCACUCAUAUCACAUUUAUCUCAAAACGAUUUGAUACGGUAUUCUGUUAUCACUUAUUACUUAUCACUUAGGGGUACUAAAUGUAGACCACUUAGUGUAGAAAAUAGUCUACACAAAAGGCGACCGUACUCGACAUAAAAUAAUUAUUCAUGGUCCUAUUAUACAACAGCGCUUACAACAAUUACUAAUAGGUAAUUGUGGAAUUAAUCAAUUUAUUAAUCAAUGAUAUUUUAAAUGUUCUACAUUUUGUGAUAAAAAAAAAAAUUAAUACAUCCAAUAAAACUGCCACCCCUAAAACUGUAAAAAUGUCCCCCCCCCUAAAUGCGUCACUGGUUUUGAUAUAAUAAAAAAUAUUAUGACAUUUUGCUACUCAUGAAAAUAUUAGGUAGCUUUAUUGUUUGUAUAGAUAAAUAAUCAUCGUUCCACGAUAAUUUUAAAUUUCGAUUUUAGAUUGUAUAACUAUACUAUUACCAGUUAAUUAUAAUGUUAUUCGAUAAUUUUUAAUAGAAUAUCACAUUUAGUAUACUCAUCGCAGCUGCUACGUGUGAAAUCGAAAAAAUAAUACAAAAACACAGUGUACAUUUUUCUCCGAAAAUAUCCGGUCAAAUAUAGGUUUUUCGAAAAAAUUAAUCGAUACCACCGGUAUUGGCCGAUAUCAAAUGUCAGUAUAUGUAUCGGCUCACUGUUAAUUAUAAAUACUAUGGAUUGCUUAUUGGUCGUUUUUUCGGCAGCGGAAAACAAAAAUCCCGCUAUAGAUAGCCAAAGGUCGAGUGCACUUGGCGAAACCGGUUCAUGUACCAUAUACCUGUUCGUAGCUACAAGGCUAUCGUAGCGUACAGUUCGAUUGAGCAUAACACGAAUUACUACUGAACAUAUAUCCGAUACUUUUUUAGCAACACGAUUGAGCAUAGAUGAUUAUAUGCGACGUUGCCUCGUUGUUGACAUUUUUAUAUUUUCACGUAUUGUUACACCAACUAUUGAUAGUAUCAAUUUGAUACCAAACUUAAACGAGUCGUGAACCGAGCCUAGUUUUAUCGAAAAAUGUUAUCGAUAUUGAUAAAUAUUAGAUUUAUCCGUAAUAUAUAGACCGUUAAAGAGGGCUAUAGAAAAUUAACUGUGAAAUCGUGUAAUUUUUUAAAUUUAUACUAUAUUUUGAAUUAUUAUAAUUAUUUAAUAAAUAUUUUUUUGUAUAAUACAGUUCAAAAUUGAAAAUGGCAACAUCAUAGAGUUCUUUUUAUGCUCAAUCGUAUAGGUUUUCUUUUGUAUUUAUGUAUCCUUUGAUAUGCCAACAAAUUUGCUUAAUCACUUCGUAAAAAAGAUGUUUUAUGCUCAAUCGUGUUGUAGCCGAUUAAAGAUAUUUUUAAUUUUGUAUGUUGUACAAACAUUUACAUAUUCAGUAUAAAUAUUUUUUAUCACUUUUGUUUUUAUUUUAUUGUUUGGUUUGUUUCAUUUUUGACUUUUUUUAUUUUUACCUUGUGUAAUCAUACUAUUUGCAAUAAUAAAAAACUAACACAAUAAAUAAUUAAAUAUUAAUACAAAUUUAAAACUAAUGAAAAUAGGUGAAGAUGAAAUAUUUUAUGCCGAGAGGGCCUAAAAUACAUCUGAUUUCAGAGGAAAAACUUUUUAGUUCAAUUGUUACCUUUAACAGAUUCCUAUAAAAAAAAAAAACUUGUGGUAGUUGUACUGCCCAAUAUUCUGGAACGAAUAUAGUUUAGCUAUUAAGCGAUUUUUUGGAAUUUUUUUUCCAAAAUGUGUGUUUUUACAUGUUUUAUUUGAUGGUAAUUUCAAAAAACUUCGCUCAAACUUCAUUUGGAAGUUAUGGUCAAAAAUCUUUAAAUGCUCGAUUUUUUUAAAAAUCGUGUUUUUGAGUAAAGAUACCAAAAAUUUAUAUUUUUGGAAUUAUUUUUUUAGAAAUAAUAUGCUUAACAUUUUGUAAAAUCAGAAUACACCUAUCGUAAAUUCUUUUUAUAUUAUUAAUAGUAAACCACGUAAAAACGAAUUAUAAUGUUAUUUCAAUCAUUUGCAUAUUAAAAUUGAUUUAUUGGACUUUUUUAUUUCAUUCAGUGUGUAAUAAAAUAAAGAAGUUUUUGGUUAAAUCAGAACUAUCUAAUACUUUUUGAUUUGAAAGAAAUAGUGGAAAAUGUAUCUUUUCUUAUGAAUACAUAAACAUCACAUUUUACCUUUGGAAAAAUAGUUUAUUUAAUACUAUUUUAUUUUAUUUUUAUUUACUGAGGUCAAAAUAAUUAAAAAAAAAAAUCCCCGAUGAGGGAGAGCUGAGGGGCAUGGUAAAGUUUAUACAACGAUUAUAACGUAAAAUUAUUGUUAUAAAUAUAUAACAAAAUAUUUAAUAAAGUUUUAAAAUUUACUAUUUUUCUAUGUGAAUACUUGGAAUAAUCUCAACAUUUCCAUACAUAUUCGUCAAUGCAAUUAACUUUAAAAUAUAACUUGAGACUUUAAGAGGAUGUCCAUGAACGCAUUUUAAUGUGUUAUGCUUAACAAUUAGCGUCCAAAAAUGUAAUUUUUUAAUUACCGUCAAAGAAAUAACCCCUUGGCGUUUACGUUCAAGGAGCACAUAAAUAUCAAAAAAAUAUUAGCUAGUUUUGAUAUCACUAAAAAUUUCUUUAUGUUAUUUCACGUCAAAUGAAAACAAAUUUCGAAAAAUCAAUUUUGAUUUACUUUAACAUGAAAAUAACUGAAAUAACAUUAUAAUUAGGUUUCACGUGGUUUAUUAAUUAUUAACAAUGACAUGCAAAUUAAGGUUCACUAAAAUGUUAAGCGUAUAACUUCUACUAUUUCUAAAAAAAAUAAAAAAAAUAUACAUUUUUGGUAUUUAAAAACUCAAAAACACGAUAUUUUAGAAAAAUUGAUCAUUUUGAAGUAUUUUGACUAUAAUUUCCAAAUGAAGUUUGAACGACUCUUUUUGAAAGUGUCAUAAAAUUAAGCAUGUGAAAAUACUUAUUUGAGAAAAAAAGUCCAAAAAAUCUUUUAGGAGCUAUAUAUGCCACACAAAAUAAAUACAACUAAAAGUAUCUAUAACCGUUACAAUUUAUAUUAAAAUAAAAUUUGUGUUCAAAUUCCAAUAUGUUUGUUAUUUCUACAAAUAAAACUAAAAGUACGUUAUAAAAAUUUCGGAGGCACAUUUGUAAUUCAGGGGACUCAAAGUGUGUCAGGGGACACAGUAUUUUAAAUUCCGUUAUGCCGGAAGACUAGUGUUGAUAAGUAAUGCAACUGAUUGGGAUAUAAACCCUAAUGGUUUUUGGACAGAUGAACAAAAGAUAUAUUCAAGCAUAUUAAAAUAUUAAUGUCACUCAAAUAUUAGGUACUUUUAUUCAAGGUAAUACAAAUCUGAAACGUAAUAUCUUGGAAUGCAACAAUAUCCGGAGUGUAUGAAUAUGAAUGUAAUAUUCCGGAACGUAAUAGUCCAGAAUACAAUUUCUCGGAUGGUAAAAAUAUGGUACGUAGGAUUCGGAAAAAAUAUAAAUGGUUUUUAAAAUAAAAAAUGUGUAACACUAGUCUAUGGUUAAUAGUAAUUUUUUUGAAGUGAAGCUUCUUCACGCGUGCUGGAUUAAAAUUUCAAGGCCAAACGAGACGAAAAUCGUCAGGGUCGGCUUCGAUCGUUGGUCGACAGUUAACCGACACGCGUCGUAAUCACGUCAUCAGUUGUUAACACACUCACACACACUAGAGACACUGGCAGGGAAUACAAUCAGAAAACCAUUCUGAUGAAUUUUUAAUAUAAUAUUUAAUGCAGGUCGAACGUCUCUUUCAGAAUAUUAUACCACUUUUAUAUCUAUGUACAAAAAUAUGUAAAAUAAAACUUUGUAUUUCGGAUCUAUUCACUAUAAUUCAAACUUGUAGGUUAUCUAACUACUUUUUGGACUGUUAAAAAGAAACAUGCAAAUGCAUAUAAAUCCGGGCCAAUAGUUAUAAUUAUUAUCCGUUAUUUUCUUAUCUAUAAAUUUGCUAUAGCCCACAGAAGUAUCACACUAAAAGCCAUUUUAUUUUAGAUUCUGAGUGGAGCGAAGAAGCUUAUGGUCUUUCAAAGAUGUUUAUUUUUUAUUAUUUUUUUUCUGUGAACAACUUUUUUACUAGCAAUUUUGCUUUAAUUCACAAUGAUAGCACUUUUUCUGAAAAGAAAUUUGAUUGGGAAGGUACUUUAGAGAAGUUACUUUUCAAUUUUCUCAGGAGUUUUCUUAACAAAUGUGAACAACCGGGAAAAAAUAUCGAAACAAAAAUAGAUUAAACAAAUAUUAUUAAAGAAAAUACAUUAUGCCUAUUUAAUUAUUUUACCAUAAUAUGAUUUGUAUAUCUUAUUAACAAAGAAUCAUUAUCAACUGAACUCUGUUUAGAAUCGUUUUUUCGUUAGCAAUGGUUUAUUCGUUGCUUACAGGUAUACAUUAAAUUAUCUCUAACAGAGGCUACACCCGAUCCCAUAAUCCUAGGACGUAUUAUUUUUACUGUCUAGUCACUAUUACACACUUAUCAUAGACCAUGAUUUAUUUUAUAAAAUAUUUAAGAAACAAGCUGCUCCACAAUAAUUUUAUAUUUAUGUUAUUUUUUGUAUACCCUUAUUUUUAAGGAUAAAACCAUUACUUACUUUUGAUUUUUAAGUAGCAAUCUAUAUUAAAAAGUCCAUAAAUAAAAGAAGUAUGAGUUAAAAUAAAUUUCAAUGUUGAAAUUUUUGAUUUCUGUAAAGUCAUUUACGAGAUAUUCCAUUUUUAAUUUUAGAUUGGAGGGGAGUAGUGGUGCAUUAUUAAUACGCCGCGCGCCGUACCGCCACACAAAUGGUACUCCACUACUCUCUUUCAACCCAAAAUUAAAAGUGGAAUAUCUUGUCAACAGAUUGACGGAAAUCAAAAAUGUGAACACUAAAAUUUAUUUUAACUAAUAUACUAUCCGUUAUUGGACGUUUUAGUAUAGGUUGCCAUUAGAAAACCAAAAGUAGGUAGUAGUUUUACUCUCAAAAAUAAGGGUGACAAAAAAUAACAUAAAUAUAAAAUUGUAGAGCAGCUUAUUUCUUAAAUUUUCUAGAAAACAAAUUUUGGAAAUUUUAAUACUUUCCGAGAUAAUGAGUAUACCCACUUAAAUAAAUCACAUGGUAUUUAUGAAUAUAGUCACAAAAUUUUUGUUCAAAACUAAGAGGAGUCUCUAAUCCUUAACCUUAUUUUCUAAUUUUAAUAAUUUUGUUUAAUGACUAAUGUCAUUAUGUCUAUUUGUAUUAGAUUUUAGUACAUUUCGAUAAAUUUCGUCGUACGUAUUAGUUUGCGCUAAAAUGUUAUAAUUUUCUACAAUAGAUAUGUAAGCUUUGUGUCUUUUUUGUUGGGUUUGUGUAACUACUAUUUCAAUAGUCUUAAGUACUAUGUCUUUGAAUUGCUCUUUAUAAGUGGUGCAAUUAAGAUGGUGCCUAAGGAGCCACAUUUUUUUAAAAAUCACUCCUUGGUUGCAUCACUGUAUUUAUUUAAUAAUUUGGUGGUCCGCUCUUGGUGGGGCUCAAACACUUUUAAGGUUUAUGGUGUAAUUGCACCAUUGGUCUGAACUAUAUUCAACUUAAAUGAAUAAUUUCAUAUUAUCUUUUCAAGUUAAUAUAUCGUCAUUUGGAAAUUCUCUCCCCAAAACAUUAUAAAGUAAAGGCAAGUUUUUAUUUGUAAUUAUUAUUAUUAUAUAGAAUUAAUAUAAUAAAAUAUGGAGUACUAAACAACACAAAUAAGUUUUACGUUAUCUCGGAUAACACAAUGCGUAGAUAUUAAACAUUACGUGGUUGAUAAAAUGUAUAUGAUAUAUAACCAUGCUGGUUAUAUCAAAUCGGCUGGUCUAGUUUAUGACCUUGGAUAAGUACGCCAGUAACCUACCGAACAUUACUACAAAACAUGACCUAUGUAGUUAAAAAGUGUUCUUAUCUACUAUACUGCUUCAUCUACUACAAACCCUGUGCAAACUAUUUUCGUACUUUUUUUUCCAAUUUUAUUAUGUCCGAAAAUUUUACUCUUAACUGUAUAUCCGGCUUAUGUUAUAUUUUAUCUCAUGACCACAAGAUUACUGGUGAACAACAGGGUAUCUACGAAAAGAAUGACCACAUUAGACACAAAAAAAGGUCUUGAUGGAAUGUGUACUGACCGUAUCAGCCCCCAAUAGUUUUUAAUGCAAGUAAAAUUUUUAAAAAGAUACAUUUUGAACAACGUUUUAUAUACAUAUUUAUAAUAUGAGGUCAUUUUAAAGUGUAUAAUGAACUAUGUUAACUUAUUUUAGAUUCUGUGCGGAGUGAGGAAUGUAUUAGUUUUACAAAAUAAUGUUUAUUUUUGUUUCCUGUAGACAAAUUUUCUACCAGUAAUUUUCCUCCGUAUUUCAAUUAUAGCAAUUAUUCUAAAAGGAAUCUGACUGGGGUAGUACUUAGGGUAAUCAUUUUUUGAUUUUUCUGGCUGUUUUUAUAAUAAAUGUGGAAAAACCGAGGAAAAAAUGUAGGAGAAACGGCAGUAUAGGUAUAAUAUUAUUAAACAAAUAUUAUUAAAGAAAAUAUAUAAUGCAUAAUAUUACAUGUGUAACAAUUUUAUCAUAAUAUGACCUAUAUAAUAUUGUAAACAAAGUAAAAUUAUUAGCCGAACUCUGCUCAGAAUCGUUUUUCGUUAGCAAUGAUUAAUCGCUACAGAUACACAUUGAAUUUCCACUCUACUUUCCCAACUUCUCAUUUACAACACAGACUCUUCCAUCUUGCGAAGUAUGUCCGUAUCUUUUUAUUCAUCAUUCUUUUUGCUAAUUAUUUUAAUGCAUUUCUAUUAGUAGGCACCUAACUAUAAUGUAUAUAGAUAAAAUAAAAUACAUUUUAAAGAAACGAGACAAGGAAAAUAACGUAUACCUAGUAAUAAAGGCAUUUUUCUAUUUUAGAUUUUGGUACAAAUGCCGAAGUAGGAAAUGGAAAAUCAGCUACGAAAAAAGGUUAGUGAUAUAGAUUAUUGUCAUUUUUAAAUAAUAUUGUUUCGUAUUUCUUUAUUCGAAUUGGAUUCGAAUUACGGUAUUUUUGUAUACGAAUUAAUAUAAUAUCAAAACACAAUAUAGUACUCCUGAAAACUCCACUAAUCAGUGUUACUAUCUAAAUAACCAAGGGAUGAAAAUCAUUAAAAACGUAGACAAGUUGCCGAGGACAGUUUAGGUUUUAAGGAAUUUUAGCUCUUGUGUGCACCCUGCGCUGUUCUAACAUGACCUACUCUAAAAUUCACAGUUUUAAUUUAAAAUUGUGGUUUUAAAGCAAGUUGUCAAUCACAGAAUUAAUCAAGUACAUAGGUAAGUAAGUGUAUAUGACGUGUCAGUCGUCUGGAGAGUACGUGAGGUUAUCUUAUAUAAAUCGUGUGCACAUUUAAACUUAUAAAUUAAAACUACACGAAAACGAAUUUUCUAAAAAUAUAACACAGUUAAUUUAUUAGACUCUCACCAAACAGGUCUUCAGGUCUUUGAAACUUAAAGCCCCGGAGAUGAGUGAAUUUUUAAAUAUAAUUUUCAUAUAAUAUCAUCAAUUAGUAUUAAUUCUGUUAAGUAUCAUAAACUAGAUACGCUGGGUAGUAAGUUUCUACCAUUGCGUUCAACGAUCACGUUGAGCGAUAACGUUCAGCAAUUUAUUCUUGCAAGCUUAUUGCAAUUACAGUGAAUAGCUAUAAUAGCCAUUUGAUAUAAAGCCAAUAGGAUAUAGAUAUGGUCCACAUCCAUGCUUAAUUAUAUUAUAGUUGUGUAUGUAUGUGUACUAUCAGGCGAAGGUCAGAAUGUUUUGACUUUUAGGUUCACGAUAUGAGGUUUACUGAUUUUUUGGAUUUUUCGGAUUCUUAUCUCGUGCAGAAGAACAUACUUGUGCCUUAUAAAUAAACAUAAUAAACAAUAUUCCUUUUAUAGAUUCGGGUACUUACAGAAAACGGGUAUUACAAUCUGUGCAUCUACAAAUAAUAGUUAGUAUAACAUUAUAUAAGAGAACAAUAAGUUCUUCAUGUCAGAGUAAUCUGUACAAUUUCUUUUUAAUAAUUUAGACGCGAAAACAUAGAAAAACUGUAAUUAUAUAUUUAUAUUCAACAAUAAUGAAGGACUGAAUUAUUGAGCAAAAGUUAUGUUUUUUUUUAAAUAAUUUAGUAUAGUUAUAAAUUCCUAACUGUAUAUAAUAAUAUUUUCAUAAAAAAUUAAAAAAUUUUGAAAAAAAAAAAAAAAUAUAACACAUAUAAAAAAAUAAAAAAACAAUAAAAAAAAAUGAUAUAGGCUAAAUUUUGAUAAUUUAAUGAUUCAUAGUCCAUAAAUUUCACAGGGUAGUUUUCUAAUAUUUAAGCAUCAAGUAUUGGUUUAAAAUUUUGACCAAAAAAAUAGCAGUCGAAAAAUUUUCGACAAUGGUAUGGACGAAAUAGGUUAUAGUUUAAGAUAUUUAAUGUGCUAAAAAGGUAAGCAAAAUAAUAGUGAUUAUUAUUAAUCUAUAAAGGGGAAAUAUAAAUAUUUUAUACUAUCAUAAAAAUGAUAAAGCCAUUACACUUGUACAGAUUUGAAUAAAAGAAGAAGAAGAAGAAGACGAAGACGAAGAAGAAACAAAAAACUCGCUAAAGAUUUAGUAAAGGUAUACGGUUAGUAAUUAAAUUCAAUGAUAUAGAGAGUAUGAGUAAAGGUAUGAGUAAAUUAAUAUAUAUUUAACAUUAUAAAAUAUUUAAUUUUUAAUUUUAAAAUUCAAAUAAAACUAAUUUGAUGUUAAUUUUUAAUCCAUGAACAUCAGCGUGAAAAGGAAGUACAUGAUAAAAACAUAAUAAUUGCACAAUUUUGAUGAUUUUAUGAUUUUUAAACUGUCGAUAUUUAGUGUUUAACUUUGUAAUAUUCAAAAAAUUAGUUUCUGGCGAUAAUUAUCAUCAAAAUAAAGGCAGUCUAAAACCAGCAAAAAUAGUACGUCCUCAUUAUUCUAUGUUCAUAUUAAUAUGGUUUACAUUAAUGAAUAUUUAAAAAAUAUUGUCUUUAAAUAUUGGGCAGAGCAACUGUUGAUGCUAUUUGUGUCAAUGGUACCUAAAAGCGUUCAUUUUUUAAAUUUAUUAGUUUUCUAUGUUCCAGUUUGGAGGAAACCCAGUCAUUUAUAAUGUUUAUAGAUUUUGGGAAAAAAGUAAUCAAAGUGGUAACAGUUAAUAUCAUGAUUAAUUUAAAUCAUGAUUGAUUAUCAUCAUAUUACUCUGGUAAAAUAAACGUUCUUUUAAAAUAUCAUUACAAUUAUUUAAAUAUUUUAUUUGUACAUAUUUUAAAAAAAAAGAUAGGUCAUGAAAGUCUGGCAAAAGUGAAUAGUUAGUAAAGAAACUCAAUGUUCUAUGUUACAUUAGUAAAUGUUCAAUAUAUUUGCAAAAUUUUAAUUUUUUUAAGUAAUUUUUGAUAGUUAUUAAAUAAAUAAUUUUACUAAAUUUUUGUUAAAGUUUACCCCGUCAAAAACCAAGAACCAGCCAAAUUUUGUUGAUUUUAAAACUUACUAUAUUCACUGAGUAAUUUUCUAUUUUCCAAAUAUAUUUUCAGUCGAUGAAAAAAAAAGUAGUUUUAUCCCCUCAUGAUCAUAGUAAGUCCAUUUUGGAUAUAGUUUAAUUCGAUUUCAUAUGAUUUAAUUAGCUGUAUCAACUAGGUUCGCUUGUGAGCUGUUAUGUACUCAAAUAUUUAAUAUUACUUUUAUAUUUCGCUUAUGUGAGAAGUAACACGUUAGCUAAAUAAUGUUGUAAAAACAAUAAUUUAAAAAACUAAAUACUUUUUAAUAAUAUUUAAUAUAAUUGUAUAGUUGUUGCCUGCAACUUUGUUUGCGUAAUCACUAUUUUUGUUUAAUGAUUUGCGUGACAUUCAUUGUAAAAUCCGGAAAAUGAGGGUGAAAUAAUUUAAGUUGUUAUUUACAAGAGGAUGUUUAUUUAUGUUUUUUUCAUAGUUAUAUUAAUUCUAGCUAAUCUAAUCCAGGAUUGCUAGUGUAUUUUUAAAACCUUACCUAAUCAACCAGAAAUUAAAGUUUUAGUAUUUCAAAGAAAAAGUGAUAUGUUUGAGACAACCAUAAUCGGAGACAUGUUGAGAUAAAAUAUAGCUUACAUUAUUCAGCGAUAAUAAUGCAAAAAUAAAAAUGUAAGAUAAUAGGGACGGGUAGGUGAGGUGUAGGUGGGAAGUUGAGAAGGUAGGAUAUAGACGGGAAUUUAAUAUGUAUCUGUAAGCAACGAUAAACCAUUGCUUAUGAAAAAACGAUUCUGAGCGGAGUUCAAUUGAUAGUGAUGCUUUGUUACCAAUAUAUAAUAUAUCAUUAUGUAGUAAAAUAAUUAAAUAGGCUUUACAUAUUUUCUUUAGUAAAAUUUGUUUAAUGUUGUACACAUUUUCCGAAAUUUCCUACGUUUUUCUUGGUUUUCCCAUGUUUUAUCCCAGUUUUUUACACUUGCUGGGAAAACUCUUGAGAAAAUCGAAAACUUACUUUCUUCAAGUACCUUCCCAUGCCGAUUUCCUGUCAGAAAAGAUGUUAAUCGUAGAAAUCCGAGCAAAUCUUCUGGUUGAGCACAUAUAAAAAAAAAUUUGGUGAAUUUUGGUGUCAAAUUUCCCAAUUUGUAUCUAUAACAUUAAAUAAAACUACAAAAUUAAAAUUGUAUUAAAAUAUACAAUUUCGAAAAUAUUUAUGCAUUUAGAUUUUCAUACAUAUUUUAACGAACUGAGAAUAUCCUGUGGUGAAAAAUGUUUUCCUACUCGGGAAUAUCACACCGAUUGAUCCAUUUCAUGUUUUCUUGUAUAAAUAUGUUCAAAUAAAUUAAAAGUAUUACAAUAUCUUCUCUUAUAUUUCGACGAUGACAUUACAUAUUUCAUUAAAUCAAAAACUGAAAGUGAUGUAAUUAUAGAAAAAUUAUAUAACUACUAUUAUAACUAAUUUUACUAUAAUAGAAUUAUAGUAAAAUAGAAGUAAUUAAUAUUGCAUAUAAUUUUAAUUGUUUUGAUUGAUUUAUAAAAACAAUCAACAGAAACAAAUUCAAUUGUAAUAUCGAAUUUGAAUGCAUAAAAGUCACACAAUGAUGACGUACUAUAAGCAUAUUAAAUACAUUAUCUAAUAUUUUUUAUGUAAAUCGAUUGUUCAAUCGAAAUAAUGCUUUAGAUCCUAAUCUGGAAAUAAUUUAAAAAAAAUAAUAAAUUCCAAAGCUCAAUCAAAAAUCAUUGCCUUCUAUAAUUAUGAAAUAAAUAAAAGAGUCAACAAUUAAACGAUGUUUUUAUAAAACAAUACUUAUGUCCAAUAAGUAGUGAAUACAUUAAAAUAAAAAAUUAUUUUAUAUUUGUUAAAAUUCAGUUCUUGCAAAACUAAACAAAAAUAAUGGAUGAAGAAAUAAGAAAUAAUAUUAAGUUAUAUAUAAAUUAUAUAUAUAGUAAUAUGAUCUCCUGCCGUUCAUAACGUGAAAGUGGAAAUGACGAAUAUUUUUUAUUCUUGUUUUAGAACCAGGCAAAAGUGCAGAAUUUAAUAUAGAAAUAACAACACCUGGACCCUACAGUACGUCUAUUAAACAAAUAUUUAAUAAUUAUUGA